CUCAGACUUGCAUGGAUGUCCGCUAAAUUUCCGGUAGGGGUUGCACCCAUUGCUUCGAGUUGCAUUCGAGCUGCGGUUUGUCCGAUGCAGUUCAGCUGCAGCCACAACUCGACUUCCAGGCCCUUUUGUAUCGGCAGCAAACAUGCAUAUUCGUAUGCUAUUAAAACUAAGGUCUUCCAAUUCCCAGACAGAGGCGCCCAGAUUACAACUAGUCCAUUGACAUGAAGGAUCUUUCUCUCGCCUCGCAAAACACAUACAUGCACGAUGCCCUACACUCUCCCGGUGGCGAUUAUCAACGAUACUGAGGAUGUCCUCACAGUAAUUGAGAAGACAUGCUGGUAUUACGCCAACGGCGGCGCCUGGACCGACGAUGCCGGCCACAAGCUCACCCUCACCCUCGGCGGAAGCGGCACAUCUGGUAUGCUGCGAAUUAGGGCCUCGUCGGGUCACACAUUCAGUGUUGUCGUGGGGUACCAUAAUUACGAGUUCUGGUGCGAUGCACAAAUUGAUCUUAACGAUGACGAUACAGCAAUUAAGCUGCACCCGGAGUACUAUAACGGUGGGAGACUAUCGUCCCAGGCAAAUCCCUCUAUUGAGCGGAAGAGUUCAGCGGGGCGAACGGUGAAGGUGCACUUGCAGAGUCUACCGUGUGGAAUUCCGCCUGUUAUUAUUAAUUACUCGCAAAUGGGCGUCCAUUGAGAGGUGUGGUUAUAUUGAGGGGUUUGGACGGAGUAGAUUUGAAUAUGAAUACUUGGGCAUCGGUAUUAGGCCCAUAAGAAUGGCC